GAAAACGUUGGGGAAUCCCAUUGUAUCGGCAUUUAUUGCUGCAUUAUUAAUAACGCCAGUUUGACUGUAAAUCACUGCAACCAGCUAAAUAGUUCUUCAAUAUGAUUAGCGUGGAUGGUCGAUGCACCAUGCUGGAUAUCUUACCGUAGUCAAAAUUUAAGUCAAUUUUCGGUCAAUAAACAACCUGUUUUGUACUGAGAAGUAAGGCAUUCCAUUUCUAGUUAUUGGUUUGAAGUUGCAAGCAAUACUUAGAAGGCUUAGUCAGCGGGUCGGGUAUUUCCUAGGAAAUUUAUCCUUGGUGCAGGUGUUCCACUAUUGAGGUGUUUACCUGUGAAAGGGAGAGCAAGCAGGAAACUGAGACCCCAUUGAAUCCAGAGACUGGAGAUGGGUGAGUAUGGUUAUCCUGUGACAAUGUAUGGCCGUUUAACAAUGUCAACAGACCGUUUUAUGGAGGACUUGAUGGGAAAGCGUGGAACUUCAAUUUAUCCAAGAUUCCCUUUCAAUCAAUAAAUUGUAAAUGUUUCACCGGGACACACGUCUCAUCAGCGAAGAGGAAACUGCUCAAACCUCCUCAUUAGGGCUCUUGAAAAGGUGUUUCAUUGGUAAUGGACUGCGGCUGAUGGGAGGGGGGAAGGAAAACACAGGGAGAGCUGAUCAUGUGAAAGUGAACCCAUUUCGCACAAGUACGAAGGGAAACCAACUCCUUUUUUGGCGAGAUUAAACUAAAACAUCAGAAAUGUCAACCAAGUUCUUUCAUUAAUUUUGUCUAGAUAGACAAUAAAAGUUUUAUUUACUCUUGGAGCUGAGGUUGCUGAGAUGGGAAUAUGAAAUGGCAUUGUCUCAUGUUUAGUUGUAAUUUAUUGAAAGGCUGCGUAUGUUGAAGAGUGAUAUUGCUCUUGUGUUGUACAAUGAAGGUUGGGGCCAUAACAUUAUGAAUUAUUUCUGCAAUUUGUUUUGCCAGCUUUUGACGUGUGUUAGAGCCUUUUUAUUAUUAAAAUGGUGUUCAAAACAUUCUAUUCAAAGAAUUUCUAUUAAAUUAUUUGCUGUAUGUAACCAUAAGUAUUAUUAGAACUGUUAUCCAACUUGUUGUAUUUUUUAAAAGAAAAAAGAUUUUUUGUAUACAGCAUUUGAUAUUUUGAGAGGCAGAAUUAUUUGAGUCAAGAGGAUUUGUCAUCAUAUUACAUUGCGGGCUUCUCUUAGCUAGUAGACUUGACAGUAAGCAUGUCAUAAAAAUGACAACCUAUCUAAGUCAAUUUGAUUCCAUAUCAAUUUGAUAUUGUCCAUGAUUAAUUUUGCCGCUUUGGAGGAGACGGAAGCUCUUUGUAAAAAUUCUGUGGUAUAUUCUGAAUAAUUUAGAUGACUUAGAUAAUGUACUAAAUUUAUUUCAGUUUGUUCAUACAGACAUUAAAAAGGAGGCCUCUUUGUCACAAACGUUUGUAUUUGAAAGUAAGACUGGGUGAUAACAUGGAACUGAGGUAAAUUUAAGCAAAUGAGGAUGUGAUGGGCCUCCAUCUGGCGACGCUGCUUAACUCAGAAAACAUCAGUGCCACAUUUUUCCACAACACUGUCUGACAAGAUAGAAUGCUUGAUUAAACAAGUUUGUGUAAAGCUGCCUAAAUACAUGACGAAAAUAUGACCAUUAUAGAUAUAGACUUGCAUGUGAUUGGCUCUCCUGGGACCACUCACCUAAUUUGGACGGUUAUUAAUUGCCGAAGGACAUGAUUUACUUGUUUCACUCCUAAUCAUCUCUCUGAGUUUAUUGCAAUAGGCACAUAUUUGUGUGUGUUUAAUACAUAUUUUGCAGAAGGUUAUUAGUAAUUACAGUUCAGAACUCACCUUUUAAUAAAAAAAAACUGGCUGACUUUGUACCAGCCUGGACAUCAGUAAGGGACUAAAAAACUAAAUCAGCCAAUUUUACUGAUGGACGAAAUGCAUUAAUAUGGAAAAAAGUAGGACUAAAUAUAGGACUGCAUUUGGCAAAUGUCUUAAAUGCUUUACAUGUAAACUAGUGCAACCACGCCACCAAUGGGGAAGAGAACUGAAUUUACCCCCUCUAAUUUGACCAAAUUGCUUUCAAACUCGGCCAUUGGUGAGCUUGCUCCUCGGAGUUCAUCCUCUCUCAAAUCUCAUUAACGCAAUCAGCAAGAACAUCUGCAUGAAUACAAGCCUUUCUCAGACUGCUUAUCAUUGAGUUGCAUCUUAAAGCUUUUCAUUCGGAAAGAGGAGCGUUUAAUACUUUUCCUGACAGAGAAAUCCCUUUGGAGAUUCACUUGUUUAAGAUACUAGGGCUUAGUUAACUAACAGAAGCUCUCUCAGAUCACAUGACAUUUUCUCGGAAAAAAGCAGACAGGAUGUUUGUAUUACUCUUUAUGAAAACCAAGCAAUAAGAAAAAUAAGAAUGUGAAAAAAACAAGAAUGUGUGAAUGUACCAUUCUUAGGCACUUUGAUGAAGUCUCUCUCAUUAUUCCAACACUUUGUUGAUGUUGAAAGUACAACACUAAUUGUUUUGUGGAGUUUCUAUCCCCCCCUUGCACCUGUCUAGCUAAACCUACACCAUAUCUAUCAAAAACUGGGAUGCAAGCGAUAAAUUAAAGUGUCUGUAUUGUAAGUUGUGGUUCAUUACCACAAUAUGGUGUUGAUAUUAUAAAUUUAUGUAAUUAUGUAAUGAUGUGCUAUGCCAGUUCAUCCAUAACAAAAGAGAGAGAGAAAAAUGUUACAUUUAUCUAUUUGUUUUCAAUUUAAAAACAACCAUUGAAUAUGUAUCAUUUUGCUUUUGCAAGGAUAAAUAUUUUAUGUCAUUUGCAAGAUUAAAUCCCUUGUUUUUAUUCUUAGGGAUGCCAUUCAAGAUGGAAAAGAAAAAAUCCUCACUCAUGCUCUGUCACACAAUGACAAAUAUUAUGCAAUUUGUGACGAUUUCAAAAAACUCCGUUUAUACGCAACCCAUCCAGAGUGGAAAAAAAUAAGUUCCAGACAUGCAAGCCAGUCAUCCUGGGCCAGUGCAUUCCCUCUCAGUACCGAUUGUUACCCAUGUGUGCUGUGAAAAAAGAUCUGUAGCAAGAAGAGCUACUGCCAUAGUGUUUACCCAUGACCUGUCCCAAGUCCUUGUAGCUGACAAGUCAGGAGAUGUGUACAGCUUUUCCCUCACAGACCUGAACAAACCAGGAGAGCUUCUGUGUGGUCAUUUGUCCAUGCUGCUGGACAUGGCAAUUACAUCCAAUGGCAGAUACAUCAUCACAGCAGACAGAGAUGAGAAAAUACGAGUUGGUCAUUACCCAAAUGCUUACAACAUUGCAGGAUUCUGCCUUGGGCACGAGGAGUUUGUGAGCAAAUUGUUGAUCCUUAAAGAUGACAUUCUUGUAUCUGGAGCAGGGGAUGGCACUGUGCGGUUUUGGAAUUUGGAAACAUUUCAAGAACUUUACUGUCUUGACUGUGCCCAAGAUCUGCCCUCAGAAAUGCAUUCCUCAGAAAACACACAAGUUGCUGUCAAAGCUAUGCAGUUCUUUACAAAAUAUGACAUACUUGCUGUUGCUGCAGAUAGCUAUCCUGUGAUCCUGUUCUACAAAGUAGUGUGGAGUGCUGGAAAUGUGGUAGUUGAGAAAGUGAACACAAUGCGGCUGUCACAACCACCAUGGGACAUGCAGCUUCAAGGUGAUAUCUUGUGGGUUUUACAACCAGUGGAAGGAGAUACAAUAGUUCCAUACUCCGUCUCCUACAAACAAGAAGAUUUUCAGGUUGAAAAGACCUCAGAUAAAAAGACAAUAGAAUUAGCAGAAACUGUGAAUAAAAACUGGGACUUUUUCAAAGGAUCUGUUGGACAGGAAAGUAACUUCCAGUUACUGUUUAAAGCAUACAAAAACAGAAAGGACAAUAUGCAAGAUUAUUUGGAAAGAAAACGACAAAGACUGGCACAGACGCCUUUAAAAAAGGAAAAACAGUCUAGAAGAAACAAACAAAGAAGAAGGAAGGAAAAGGAGGGUGAUGCUGCAGAAAAAGAAGGCAGUGAAGAUGUAGAAGGAGGGACAAACUCGGACAGUAUUGCAGAGCCAGAGCCUAAGAUUCUGAAAGCUAGCUGACAGCUAAGAAAAAAUUUCUUAAGGGUGACAGAAAGAUAAACUGUUUUAAAUAGUACAUCUUUCUCUUACUGUUAAACACUACGUAAUUGAGACACAUGUAUGUGUUACAUGCCUGUCAAAAGCAGAACACUUCUUGAAUGAUUUUCUUGUUCUUUAUAAAUGUCACAAUAAUGAUAUAUUUUGAUACUGUU